CUCUCUAGAAAUGACCAAGUUCCGAUCUGGAGUGAUAGUUUUAAUAGCAUCUUUAUUUGCUUAUGCUAAUGUAGCAAGCGCUGUAGAAGAAGGAACCAUGCUUUUACCCGUAUGGAAUCAUCCUACAGAAGUCAUCGAAGGAGCUCCUGCACCCCAAGCUACUGCGUGUGCCAACCCUGGUCAGAUCGCUGUUACUUAUAACGAGGGCCCAAGUGAUGUAACAGCAAAAGUAUUAAACGGUUUAAAAGCAUCGCAAGCUAAAGCAAAUUUCUUUGUCAAUGCAACUUGGCUGUAUACUCAACAAUAUGCCAUGAUAUUACAGCGUGCAUACAAUGAUGGCCAUUUUAUCGGGAUGACCUAUCGUUCUCCAGGUGAUACUUCAGAAGGAUUGACAGACGAGCAAAUUAAAACUGAUGUGACUAAUACUGCCAAAAUCAUCGAAACACUUAUUGGUGUCGCACCCAAAUAUAUCCGUCUUCAUUAUUCACAGCCUGAAGAUAUUCGUUUAGAAAACAUCAUUCGUAACUUGGGCUAUACGCUGGUUGCUUACAAUUUGGACACAAUGGAUUAUAAUUACAAAGGAAACCCAGAUGGUAUUGCAGAGCUUUACAAGUCUGUUUUCGCCAAACAAAUCGAUACAUAUGAUUCCAAGGGUUCUUUUAUUUCCGUUCAAUAUGAUAUUCCCGAUACUGGUUCUUAUGAGGCAAUUUACGAUGUCGUUAAGACAAUCAACGAAGCAGGUUAUACCAUGGUGCGUCUGGAUGGAUGUUUAAAUGAUAAAUCGCCAUAUAAGGAGCAUGCCAACUCGAUGAAAUUUAUUAGCGAUAAACAUUCUUUAGGACAAGCAAACUAUAAAGCAGGUCAAAUCACACCAGAAAAGCCCGCCAGUACUUCAUCUCCAGCCGUCAAUGCUCAGGCUGUGGAUGCGGCUACGUUAGAGGAAGAAGCUUUGUUGAAAAAAGUUUCAGGUUCAGUGAUGAAUUCCUUUGACUGGAGCACUCUUGUGAUUGGCACCAUUGCGAUGCUUUGCACUUGGGCAUUUUAAAUAAUAACAAUAAUAAUAAAAAAACUUACCAGUCGUAUUUAAAUUUCGCAUAUUUUACAUUUUCUUCUCCUAAACCCUAAUUGUAUUUAACAUUGCCCUUUAUCCUUUUAAUUUUAAAACUCAAGUAUGUGUAAAAAAAACAACAGUGCUGAUCAUUUGAUAAAAAAAAAGUUUUUACUGGAUGAAACACAAAUAAUAAUUACAACCUAAUGAGGACAAGCCAAAGCACCCAUGGGAUCAUAGGCAGGUAAAACAGUAGGCUUUGUAUCUAAGAGUGCUACCAACUUCUUGGGGAUAUCA